AUGCCAAUUUCCAAUCCACCUGAGACCGUUAGUUCUCUCCUCAAAUAUGAAACAAGUCCAGGGCAAGCUCUGAAAUUUCUAGAUCGUGUAGGUCCUGACUUCAAAUGGCCUGCUUCAAUGAAUGUACAUGACAGAGGAACAGCUUUUUUUUACAUAGCAGGUGAAAAUGCUUUGGAAUUUGAUGGCGAAACAGGAUUUAAUAUGAUCGCCUUCUUUGACAAUCUAGAUAGGGGUACAUUCAAUGGGCAUGAAGAUAGCUGGUAUGGACCAGCAUAUACAAGCAAAGAGUUAGAGGAUAUGGAAAACGAGAUGCCCGGUGCAAUAUACCUACCAAUAGAUAAAAAGUGCCGUGAUGAUCUUGUUAAG